AUGUCUUUUUCCGGGCCGCAAUUAGAACCCCUGAUUGGGAACCCCUCCAUAUGGCAAUGGAUCUUCGAGGGCGAUGAGAUCGAAUUAGGCCAAUCUCCAUCAGCGGAUCCAGUACUAUCACAGACUCGCGGAUUUCAUGACAGCGCCACGGGCGAAUUCCUAUCAUUUCAUGACCUAAAGUCCAUUGCCAUCACCGUCUCUACAAUUCUUCAUCGAGAAUAUGAUGUCAGACCUGGGCAAAAGAUUGCAAUCGUUGGGCAGAAUUCCAUUUGGUAUCCUGCUGCAAUGUUAGCUUCGAGUCGACUGGGUGCUGUAGUUACGCUAUUGCCACCUGGCUCUAUGCGAGAUGAUCUGGCCUACUUCCUCGGAACUUCGAAGACGUCGCUUGUGUUUUGUGACGAGGGCGCCGUUGACCAAGUUACAGCCGCUUGCAAAGCAAUCGGAAUACCAGAAAAGAGUAUUCUAAUAUUAGAUGGACCCAAGCAUGAGAUAAACAGCCUUCAAGGUCUGCGUCAACGAGGAGAGUCACUCGACACUCUAUCCUACACGAAAUCUUGGGAGCCUAAAUACAACGAGGCGUCGCCAUGUGCAUUUCUUUCUUGGAGCUCCGGUACUACUGGAAAGCCUAAAGCUGUCCAGAUAUCUCACGCGAACGUCAUCAGUCAAAUCCGUCAGAUCAGCGCCCUUACCCCUCCCAACAGAAAUCGCACAGUAUUAGGUGUUCUGCCCUUUUACCAUAUCACCGGUUUGGUCCACUUACUUCACCUACCCAUCGUUCUCGAGCAGCAGAUGGUUGUCAUGGCAAAAUUUGACAUGAAGCAGAUGAUGGAAGUAAUUGUGAGGUUCAGAUGCGAUGAGCUAUGGCUCGUACCUCCUCUGUUGAUCCGAUUAUUGAAUGACAAGUCCGCCCAAGGGUAUGACUUGUCGUUUGUCAAACAAUUCAAUACUGGCGCGGCCCCAUUAGCCGAUCAAGUGAUCGCUCAGCUUGCGAGAAAGUUCCCGACUGUUGCCGUCCGACAAGCCUGGGGAAUGACAGAGACUACUUCUUGCUUGACGGUGACUCCGCCAGAUUUGAGCACCUGGAGCAAUGCCUCCAAGGUUGGCAAGUUGGUUGCAGGUACCAAAAUACGUGUCGUAGACCCCGAUACAGGAGAGGAUGUACCAGCUGGAAAUGUUGGAGAGAUAUGGGCGAAGGGUCCUCAAGUCACAAUGGGAUACCUCGAUCGACCGGAAGAAACGGCGGCAUCGUAUCUAAAAGAUGGAUUCUUCAAAACCGGUGAUCUUGGCUCUAUCGACAACGAAGGAUUCAUCACCAUCCAUGACCGCAUCAAAGAGAUGAUCAAAGUGCGAGGACAUGCAGUGGCUCCAGCCGAGCUCGAGGAUCUGCUUCACGGCCAUCCCAAAGUUAAGGACGCUGCUAUAAUUGGCAUCCCCGAUGACUACUCUGGUGAGAAGCCUAGAGCAUUCGUAGUCCUUGCAGGCGGGGUCGACGGGGGACCUGAGGUUGUACGGGAUUUACAGGACUUCGUUGCGGCGAGGAAGGCAAAACACAAACGUUUGGCUGGAGGUGUUGAGUUCGUGGAUCAGAUCCCUAAAAGCGCAUCGGGCAAGAUUCUGCGUCGAGUGUUGAAUAAUGCAUGGAAGGAGAGGAUGGAGACGCAGAGAGCUAAACUGUAG